AUGCCACCCAAAAAGCCCCCAUCACCGCCCGACUUCCCCUCCACCCUCACCGUAACCAUCACCCCGCCCUCCUCCUCCUCCUCCUCCCGUCCAUCCCCCGCCCCCGCACCCCCAAACAUCCUCCUCCUGCUGCACGGCAUCGGCGACACCGCAGCCGCAUUCACCUCCUUCGGCCGCGCCCUCAACCUCCCCGAGACAGCCGUCGUGACCGUCCAAGCGCCCACCCCGCUCCCCUUCGACCUCGGCGGCUUUCACUGGGGCGACGACGUCUCCUUCGACUCCAGCACCGGCAACCUCGACAUGGACGCCGGGUUCACGCGCACCACCACCCUAAUGGUCAACGAGCUGAUUGAGGGCGUGCUGGUGGGCAAAUGCGGGUAUGCGCUGCGCGAGAUCCUGGUGCUCGGGCUCGGGCAGGGCGGGAUGGCCGGGUUGGUUGCCGCGAGGGAGAUUGCUGUGCGGGCCGGGCGCGGGGGUGAGGCCGCGCUGUCGGGGGUCAUCUCGAUCGGGGCGCCGUAUCCGCUGUCUGGGAGCACGGUGGGCGCGAAGAGCCGAACGCCGGUGUUGCUGGUGGGAGGGCGCGAGCCGUCGGCUGUGAGUGAUGGGGCGGUGCGGAGGACGAAGGAGGUUUUUGAGUUUGUGGAGGUGCAUCGGUAUGCGAGGAAGGGGGAUGGGAUGCCGCGCAAUCGGGACGAGAUGAUGCCGGUGAUGCAGUUCUUUGCGCGGCGGCUGCGUAGUUGGCAGGGUGUGCCGGAGGGGAGUGUGGAGAUUACAUAG